AUCAGACGAAAUCAUGAAGUCUGGCAUCCAGUCCAGGGUUGGUGGCUCCCUUUCUCAGAAUGCUACUUGGUCAGACUCCAGUUUGCAGCGACCCUGUGAUGGAAAGAAUGAAUUUAAAAAAUGGGUGGAUGGAUGGAUAAACAUGAUAGUCAGCACAUUAAUGAUUCUUGCAGUGAUCAGGUUGUUUGUUCUGCCUGUGCAUGGACUCCAGGAGUUUAACUAUCAUUAUGUAAAAACAACAAUGAACUGGACAAAUGCACAAAAUUACUGUCAGAGUAACUUCACUGACUUGGUGACUAUUGCAAAUAAGGAAGAAAAUGAGGAAAUUAUGAAGAUGCUUUCAGAAAAUAAUUUCAUUCAUGCAGAAAUCUGGAUAGGGCUAAAAGAUAUAAAUAUGACCAAUGGAACUUGGAGCAAUGGUGAACAAUUUAACUACCGAAACUGGAGGAAUGGGGAGCCAAACAAUAAUGCUGUAGCUUGUGGCACCAUGUACUACAAACAUGAAACAUACCAACCUGAUGGGUCCUGGAAUGAUUGUGGCUGUAAUUACUCUCAGCCAUUCAUCUGCUACUCAGUAAAAAGGAAGUUCUAUGCUGUGAACAUCACCAAGUCUUGGAUCUCAGCUCUUGAAUAUUGUAAUUCCAAUUUCACUGGCCUGGCCACCAUCAGAAGCUCAAGAGAAGAAUGGCAUUUGCUUAAGUACCUCAAUGAAAUCAACUUACAGAAUACAUUGUGGAUUGGGAUGAGGUGCUCCAGGGUCUUUGGAUUCUGGUUCUGGAUAAAUGAUGACCCAGUCACUUACCACAACUGGAUCUACAACUCUUCCGCGGUCAUUCAAGACAAUCAGCACUGUGUCAUUCUGAAUGUGAGUCAGACAAACUGGAUCAAGCAGGACUGUGAAAAAACAGCCAUGUUUGUCUGCUACAGUGAUGAGUGAAGUGGAUUAUGUGAAUAGUGCCACAUUUUUAGAUGGCAUUGGAUCAGUUUUUCAACUGAUUAAUACGAUUAAUACUUAUGCAAUCUGAUAAAUUUAUCCUCAGAUUUUGUUAUUUUAUUGUAUUAUGGCUAAUUACAAGACUAGGCAUGCUGUAAUAUAUUGAAAAAUAUUUUUAUUGUCAUGCUGUCUCUAAACCUUAGUUUCUUUGUUGUGGAAUUAUGUACUCCAAACUAGAGCCAUAUAUAAAACAUUCACCUGGAGGAACCACAGGCAGAGUAGCAGCGAAGGCAAACUGUUCUUCUAUACGAUGUAAUCUAAAAGUAACAUCAUCAGCAGAAGCGUGCGCAGAUGAACUACAUAACAUAUCCAACGUGGAUUAUUGUAGCUGCAGUAGUUUAAAGAUGGUCUUUCACUUCAGAUGGUGCACUUCUUUGUUACAG